AUGGUCAUUGAGCAAAACCUGUCGUCCAAGAAAGUGUGCGUGAUAGGCGCAGGGCCCGCGGGCCUGGCCGCAGCCCGCGAGCUCCGUAAAGAAGGCCACGACGUGGCAGUCCUGGAGCAGAGCCACGACGUGGGGGGUCAGUGGCUUUACGACCCGAACGUGGACCAUGAGGGCCCGUUGGGCCCACCGAAAGUCCACAGCAGCAUAUACAGUUCCCUGAGGCUGACCUCUCCGCGGGAGAUAAUGGGCUUCACGGACUUCCCGUUCGUGGCCCGAAAGGGAGGAGACAUGCGGAGGUUCCCGGGCCACGCGGAGCUCCUUUCGUACUUGCGCGGUUUUUGCGAGAGGUUCGGGUUGAGGGAGGUGAUUAGGUUCGGUACUCGAGUGGAGCGUGUGGAGAUGUUGGAUUACCCUGUUUUGGAGAAGGAUUUGAGGUGGGUUGUGAAGAGUGUUAAGGCGGAGAAAACGGUUGAGGAAGUUUACGAUGCGGUGGUUGUGGCCACCGGGCAUUAUUCGCACCCUCGUUUGCCCAAAAUCGAAGGAAUGGAUGCAUGGAGGGGAAAGCAGAUGCACAGUCACGUCUAUAGGGUCCCGGAGAGCUUCAAGAAUGAGGUAGUUGUGGUUGUUGGGAACUCAUUAAGUGGUCAGGACAUAUCUAUGGAGCUUGUGAAUGUGGCAAAAGAGGUUCACUUAAGCUCCAAAUCCCUCAACAUUUCACAAGGACUGUCAAAAGUCAUCUCUAAAUAUGAUAAUCUACACCUUCAUUCCCAGAUAGAGUCACUACAAGAGGAUGGAAAGGUUUCGUUCGCCGACCGUUCUUCGAUCACGGCAGACACUAUCGUAUACUGCACGGGGUACUCUUACUCAUUUCCAUUUCUUGAUACCAAAGGAAUAGUUGUGGUGGAUGAUGACAGGGUGGGCCCUCUUUAUGAGCAUACCUUUCCUCCUUCUCUGGCUCCUUCUCUCUCUUUUAUUGGCAUUCCAAGAAAGAUUAUAGGUUUCCCUUUCUUUGAAUCCCAAGCAAAAUGGAUUGCUCAAGUCCUGUCUGGGAAAAAGAUGUUGCCAUCAUGGGAUGAUAUGAUGCAAUCAGUCAAGGAGUUUUACCACUCAAGAGAAGUCAAUGGCAUCCCCAAGCACAACACCCAUGAUAUUGCAUGUUUUGAGUAUUGUGAUCAAUACGCGGACCACGUCGGGUUCCCACACUUGGAAGAAUGGAGGAAAGAGCUGUGCCUGUCGGCCUUGAGAAAUGCCGAGAUAAACUUGGAGACGUACCGUGAUUCGUACGAGGAAGAUCAAGAAUUGCUUCAAGUUGCUUUUAGCAGCCCUCACUUCACUCAGUUUGGACAAGAAGAUCAUACAUUCUGA